GUUCCCUCAGACUGCUGUUUGAUUCCGUCUUCACGGCAACUUGAGCUGCUUCUGUGGUUUUAUCUUGCACAUAGUUUAUUUUUGUCAAAACAAGCCGGUUUAUUAGCUAGAACUAGUGCGUCAGAAACACUGAAACAAACGACUGUUUGAAUUUAUUUAAUGGAGCGGCUGUGCUAAGGCAGUUAGCUUAAAGUUGUGCUAAUAGCUAACUGAAUGACAGACUUUGUUCUGGUUUUUUUUUUUUAAGUCGUUCCUAUUUUCUGGCAGCUGUUUUAGUCGUACCUGCGUGUUUUGUUUAUUUUUUUAAUUAUUUUUGAAAUCCUUCACAUGAUAGGAGAGUCAGCGUGAAGAAGUUUCUACUGGGGAAUAAAACAAGUAAUACUUCAGGCCUAUUUUUCACUUAGCAUUAGAAUGCUAAAGGCUAUUUGGGGAUAGGUUAGGGAUAGGUGCAUUUCCACUGUGCUAGUGUGUGUAAUCAGUAAUGUAUUAGCUUUGCGAGUUCAUUUCAGUGCAGUAGAAACUCAUUCCAUCAUCAUCAUCAUGUUGUUCUGAAACACGGAAAUGUAGCUGGUGCAGUGUGACGUCAUGGUGAAGAUCAGCUCUCAGUGUGCAAACUCAUCCCAUACCGGUGCCAAGGCUCCACCACACAUCAAAACAGAGCCCUGUGCUGGAGAAGAGGCUUCAAAUAACCUGGAACCAGACAAACAUCUACUUUAUUCAUGUCAUGGAGCGAAGGACAUUUCUUCAGAGCUUCAACAGAUAAAGCAAGAGCCAGAAACAGACUUCAUGCAGACAGGGAACAGAAACGCACAGCCUCAAUGCCCAGACUCCAGAGUCUCUCCAAAGACCGAGCCGGAGUGUGUUCCAAUCAGUUUAAGCUUUGGUCUUAAAACUGAGUCUGAAAUCCAUGAUGUGGUCAACAGUGAGGGAUAUUUCCCCUUGAAGGAGGAGGAAGAGGAGGAAAAUGUGGCGAAGGUCAAACUCGAGACGGAAGAAGAGGAGAGUGAUCUCAGACAGGAUGAAGAAGCAGGCCGAGAGUCUUUCUUUUCCUGCCCUUAUUGCGCCGUGUCCUUCACUGACUCUUCUUACCUUGAGAAGCACCUCAAAUGGACCCAUCGGAGUAAUUACCUAGUUUGGCUGAAAACUCAAAAACCACCACAGUGCAUCAAAAUAUCCUCCCAGAUGCUCAGCUGCUCUUCUUGCAACCACCACUUCUUCACCCAGGAGCAGCUGAAGGUGCAUAUGCGGCGCGCCCACCUUCCCACGCCCGCACCAACCCGGAAACGCUACACGUGUCCACAGUGCGACCGCAGCUUUGACUACAUUGGCAAUCUGCAGAACCAUUGCCGUCGGUGCCACAACUUGUCCACAGUGUGUACUGACGGAGAACUGAGCUGUGCUUCAUGCGGUGAAAACUUUGCCGGAAUGUGGGGCCUCGGGCCACAUCAGUGCCACAAGGUAGAAGAAGAAGAACACAAACCAGGAACAGAUGGAAACGAACAGCUUUGUAGAGAUCGCGGUUAUCUGUGUCAACACUGCGGAAAGAACUGCGCUACGCUGCAGUGUUUAACCAUUCACACGCGCACGCAUACAGGCGAGAAGCCGUACAGCUGCACCGACUGCGGGAAUAGCUUCAAAGAGAUGGGCAGCUUGCGCAAGCACAUGGUCAUCCACACUGGUAUCAAGCCGUACUCGUGCCCUGAAUGUGACAAGAGCUUUGCGCGAAUGAGCCACUUGAGCACACACCUGCGCACACACACGGGCGAGAGGCCGUACCCGUGUCCCGAGUGCGGUAUGAGGUUCAGUCACAGGUCGACACUGCGUCUACAUCGACGCGUUCACUCUGGAGAAAAGCCGUUCUCUUGUGUGGAUUGCAAGAAAACCUUUGCGACACUGAGCAACCUCAAAGUGCACCUCCUGACUCACAACCAGGAAAGGAUUCACAAGUGUAACGAGUGCAGGAAGACCUUUUCCAGGCCCGACGUGCUGAAGAAGCACCUCCGCAUUCACAACGGCGAGAGGCCGUACGUGUGCACCGUCUGCAGCAAGAGAUUCAAUCGCAUCCAGCAUCUCACCAACCACCAACGCACACACACAGGCGAGAGGCCGUACCGCUGCGAAGAGUGCGGCGCGAGCUUCGCACAGUCGGGCGACUUGACCAAACAUAUCCGCGGGCACACAGGGGAAAAGCCCUACGCGUGUCCCGAGUGCAAUCGGUGCUACAGUAAUUCUGGGGACCUGGGCAAGCACAGGCGCACUCACAGCGGCCACAGGCCUUACAGGUGUCAGCAGUGUGACAAGGCGUUCCUCAUGCCGCAGCAUUUGAAAACACACAUUCUUACACACACUGGAGAGAGGCCGCACGUCUGCCCAAAGUGUCAGCGCACCUUUAUACGGGCACACCACCUCACCCAGCACCUCAACACGCAUCACAUUUAGUGACGUGCAUUCGAAAUAACUGAUUUAAAGAAGUUUAAUUACAUUUUUCAAACAGUACUGACUACUUGUAGAUGGUUCUGGUUUUAAACUUGUCUUUUGAAAUCGAUUCCCUGAUGGAAAUCAAAGGUAUAUAGUAAGAAGUGGUAUUCGUAUGUCAUUACUGCAUUAGUCAAUACGUUUACAUGCACAUUAAUAUUCCAAAUAUGACGGUAUUCAGAAUGCGAUACGGAUCAUGGAAACGGCGUAUUCUGUUUGAAUAUAUCCCGAACUUGGCCUUAUUCCGAAUUUAGCAUUUUCCGGUUAAGGAGUGUAGGAUAUGCUGAAAUUAUUUGGGUUUUGGACAUUCGGAAUACGCGUCUCAGUUGGGUGGGGUGGAGACACGGGCUCUUGGCUGUUUACAGUCAGCUCUGUAUUGUACACAAACCAAAAUAGACAGCAGUUUGCAGGGUUGGGGUAGAGAUGCGGCUGCAUGUAAAUGGGAAUAUUUAACAGUUCCACGAAAUCGAGUCAUACAUGAGGUGAUCGUUGACGAGGUGCGUAGCACCGAGUCGGCUAUCAGCCAUGUACGACGAGAUUGAGUGGAAUAACUGUUUUAUUCUAUCCACAUUCACUGGAUUUUGAGAAACGGAGAAUUAAAAAAAAAAAUUUUUGCAAAUUCGAUAAAUAAAAACUUUUAUGCAAAACGUCCGACAAAAUAAUCUCCGCUUAGAAAUGAUGGGCGGCACGGUGGUGUAGUGGUUAGCACUGUCGCCUCACAGCAAGAAGGUUCUAGGUUCGAGCUCAGCGGCCGACGUGGGCUUUUCUGUGUGGAGUUUGCGUGUUCUGACCGUGUCUGUGUGGGUUUCCUCUGGGUGAUCUGGCUUCCCCCACAGUUCAAAGACAUGCAGGUUAGGGUAACAUGGGGCGGCCUUUGGCUGAAGCGCCCUUGAGCAAGGCACCUAACGCCCAACUGCUCCCCGGGUGCCGUAUCAUAGUUGCACAUUGCUCUGGGUAUGUGAGUGUGUUCAUUGCUCAUUUGUACAUGUGUGUGUUCGCUGCUUCAGGUGGGUUAAAUGCAGAGAGGAAUUUCACUGUGCUUGAGUGUGCACGUGACAAAGGCUGCUGCUUCUCAAGGCCUCUGCAUGCUCUUGCGACAAGGCUUUCGCAGAUAGCUUUUCGCAGACAGUUGUAAUUUAUCGUUGAGCGGGGAGUAUAGGCGUGUAUAGGCGUGCGCGAUGUUAUUCACCGCCACAACGCAAGGGGGCACGAAGUCGCGAAAUUGCUAGGAGUGGUUAGUGGAGUGUUUAUCUUCCGGUUACUGAGCAACAGGUCAUUCAACACUGCUGUCCUUAAGGCCAAUUUAUGCUGACAAUGCAGUCC